AUGUCUCUGGAUCCGCCGACAUACCUCGCUUCCCUGCAGAACAAUAUCCGCCAGCGGCCCAUCCCAUGGGAGGGCGCCGUGCGAACGGGCUCUCUGACCGAGGAGCAAUUGGCCAAGAUCAGGGCCGUUGAGCGGCUCAAGAAGGAUGCGCGGAAGCAGACGGUCGAGGCUGACCUUGAUGGCUACCGGAUACUCUUCGUGGGAGAGCCUGGCAAGCCCAGCGUCCUAGAAUUGGCGCACAAGCGCAACGAGGUCGUCCAGUACAUCCUGGUGCUGCUGAACGACUUGCUCGAUAGUGCCCCAUCUCUAUCGAAGGCGCUUUUCAAGAACGGCGAUCCGUACAAACAGUUUCUACCUCUCCUGGCGCACUCAAAUAACUCCGAAGAUUACAUACCUCUUCUCGCCUCCACGGUGCUCACUAGCCUCAUAGCAAACUCCAGAGACGAGUCUCCGGCGACCCUGCAGAAAGCUCUUCCAGGACUUCUAAGCUAUCUCUCCGUUUUGACCAAGAACUCAGAUGCUGGUUUACAAGAUAUUGGAGUACAGGAAUACUCGUCCUUGCUCUAUGGUCGUGCUUCCCGGCAACAGUUUUGGGCGCAGCGCAGCGAGACUGUCACUCCACUAAUAGACAUCCUGCGCACCGCUUGCGGGGUCGGAAGUACAGACUCGUCAGCUAGCCUAUGGAGCGGCACUACGAAUACUGCGAGGAGUGCCGGGUUUGAAGGUUCCUUGGGUGGUGGUGUAGGCCUGCAGCUACUCUACCAUGUGCUACUAGUCUUAUGGCAGCUGAGCUUUGAAGCUGAGGAUAUUGGAGAAGAUCUGAAUGAGGAAUACGAUAUAGUACUUCUCUACACCCAGCUGCUACGCCUUUCUCCCAAGGAGAAGACAACGCGCCUGUUAAUCUCCACGCUCUACAGUCUUCUGGUCGCCAACCAGAAGACACUACUGCCUACUGCCGUGCUCGCUCGUCUACCUGGCCUAUUGCAGAACCUAAGCACUCGCCAUCUGACCGACCCUGAUCUGCAGGAAGACAUGCAGGCCCUGCGAGAUCUGCUUGAUGAAUACACCAAGACCAAAACUAACUUCGACGAGUACGUAGCUGAGGUCCAGUCCGGUCAUUUGCGAUGGUCACCACCGCACCGCAGCACCGUUUUCUGGGCAGAAAACGCCCGCAAGAUCCUUGAGUUCGAGAAUGGUGAAAUCCUGCGGCUGCUGGCUGAGAUCAUGAAGAAGCCAUGGGAUAAUGACAAGGCCGUGUUGGCGAUUGCCUGUAACGACGUCGGCUGUCUAGUCAAGGAGGUGCCCGAAAGGCGAGGCCAGCUGGAGAAGCUGGGAUUGAAGACGAGGGUCAUGGAGCUGAUGGGUGAGGCAGACGAGAAUGUCAGAUGGGAAAGUCUCCGCGCCCUCGGGGGUUGGCUUAAAUAUAGUUUCGAAGCUAAAUGA